UUGCAUCAAUGGAUGGAAAUAGAAACAUCAGUUUUCUUCAGGUGUUUUAGAUGUACUGUGAAUUUUUUUUUGUUUUUUUAUGUGUGAACAUAUUGUCAAUGUUGACUUGCUUUAGAUAUAAAUGACCCCUGGUGCUGCUGUACAGACUCGCAGAAAGUGGAGAGUUGGACGCUCAGAGGAGGUGGAUGAUAUGACAGUUAUUUAGUUUUUCUCUUUUAGUUCUGAGCCUCUGGUCCCUUCCCUCUGCUAUCAUCCCAGCUGUUAUUCUCUUUGUCUUCCUCACCUUAUUCGUUUCUUUCUCCUUUUUCGUUUUCAUCCAACAGUCCCGUUCAACAGUCCACAUGAGCGUCUCCAAACCCCCGCCGCCCCCCUCCGCCUCCCACCUGGCCAUCCCCCCUUCCUCCACUUCCACUCCUUCCUCAUCAGCCACCUCCCCCUCGGCGACGCCCCACUCCACCGGUCCGCCCCCUCCCUCACCGGUCAAGAUCUCUAUGCAGGAGCACUUUGCCAUCAACGUGUGCCCGGGCCCCAUCCUCCCCAUCCCACAGAUCUCAGACUUCUUCCCGCGUUUCCACGACUACCCCUGCACGCCACCGCCUCCGAGGGAGAAGAAGAUCCUAAAAGAGGAGACUUUCAACGGGGAGACGGGUGGAGGAUACAAGGAUGGGGAGAGAAGGGGGGACAACGAUGGAGACAGGGAGGAGGCGGUCGACUCUGACGAUGAAGACACCUACCUGGGAACGUUGGAGUUCACCCUGCUAUUUGAUCAGGAGAACAACUGUCUUCAUUGUACUGUUCACAAGGCAAAGGGACUGAAAGCCAUGGACUCCAAUGGACUGGCUGAUCCAUACGUCAAGCUUCAUCUUCUCCCUGGGGCUAGCAAGGCAAACAAGCUACGCACAAAAACCCUGAAGAAUACGCUUAACCCAGUGUGGAACGAAACGCUGAUGUACCAUGGCAUCACAGCAGCCGACAUGACCACCAAAACGCUCAGGUAGGUGCUCCUCUCUGAAUUUGACCCUGGCCAGUAAUUAGCACUAUUCCGCAGACCAGUUUGAAUGACCACUUUAUUAUAUGGAGGACGAUGCUUCCAAUCGUCCCGUGAACUGCCAGCAGUCGUCUUUGCUUCCCAGUGGGCUUUUCCAGGUAAUUCAUUAUUUCAGCCAGGCGACGCCAGCCAACUGUUCCACUUGCUGUUGCUGCGGUAACUGCUCAGGUGUUGGCUGCGCGGUGAGUCUCCGCCCCCUCCUUCCUACAGUGCUCUCCAUAUGGAGGGAUUGAGGUCAAGGGUAGCCAUCUUGGCCCAAAAAGUCUGACGCACUCCUGUCAUCCUGCAUGUGUAAGUUAAUUGAGAGACGGAGUUUUGCUUGUGUUUUGUUUGUGAAUGUGUGUGCUGUGUCCAAUCAGUGUCAGUUUGCUCAGCAGAUUCAUAAUAGGCUUGGAUGGUAUUGUUUAUCCUGAGGAAACGGAAGCAUGGAUGCACACACACACAUAUACAUGAAUCCUGUCUGUAGCACACACACAAAUGCAGGCAGUCAGGUGUGUGUUUGUCCUCGUGUGUAUGUCAUGGGCAAUCACUG